AACCAUUCAUAAAGAAUGUGACAUAAGCCCGUUGCCAGAUAGGAAUUUGACAUGUGUUAUAUAAGAGUUUCUAAACCAUGUUGAUAUAAGCAGGGACAUUUAACUUAUUUAAAAGUACAUAACUAUAGCUACUCUACCCGUCAAUCAGCAUUGCCAUGCAUGCAGUCGACAAGACAUAACAUUGUAUUUCUUCCCUGCUGUAGCUUAUACAAAGUUGAAUUUCCAAUAUGGUAGAGAGGUUGUUGUUGGACUGUGGACUGUUGUCAUGUCCCCGCAGUGCCUGUAGUGGUGCUGUGAGGAGUCUGCUGUGGACUAAUCUAAAAUCCUCAGCAGCUCCCACCUGCUAAUGUUUGCUGUGGAUAAUCUACAUUUACAUGCAUCAGUAUUUUCAAUGAUAUUGCAUUCAGAUAGGAACAUUAUUAGUUACCUAAAAUAUCGAAUAUCGAUGCACAAAUAGGCGAGCUGGUUGUAAUAGGCACUUCUACUCUAUCAGGAGCGAAUACCUUACACAGCCUAUACAAAUUGAAGCUGAUGUUCUCAAGGACCAGAGUCACGUGAUGUAUGAGGGCAAACACAUCCACUUCUCGGAGGUGGACAAUAAGCCAUUGUGCUCAUACAGCCCAAAGCUCUGCAAGCAGCGCAGACUCAAUGGCUAUGCCUUCUGUAUCCGUCAUGUCCUGGAGGAUAAGACCGCUCCCUUCAAGCAAUGUGAAUAUGUGGCCAAGUACAACAGCCAACGAUGCACCAACCCCAUCCCCAAGUCUGAGGACCGCAGAUACUGUAACAGCCACCUCCAAGUCCUUGGCUUUAUCCCCAAGAAGGAGCGGAGGAAGAAACACAAUGCAUUGGAGGAGAUGCGCUCAACACCUCACCUGGAGUCAGUGGCUCUUAACAUAACUGUGCCCUCGCUAGCUCUGAAGGCCUCCAAUGGCCUGAACGAGCUGCCACCCUCUCCACCCUGCAUCCGUCUGCUACCCCUCCCAGAUGGGGAGCUCCUGGACCCUUUUGCCUUCUAUGAGGAGGACACUGAUGGGGAAGAGGGCCCUCCUCGGAAGGGCUCCACCGUCAGGAAGAAACUACACAGUCGACUGGUGCUCAGCCAGAAACUCCAGCUCCCCCAUCAUGACAAUGCCCUCCUCCAACCACCUCCGGAGCACUUUAGCCCCUCUCCUCUUACCUGUGUGCACCGCUCUUCACCCCUCCAUCCUCAUCUUCCCUGUCAGCAGCAGACAGGACUCCUCCAGCCCUCCACUAUACCUUCAUUUGUCCUCCCUGGACAGCUGCAGACAGGACUCCUCCAGCCCUCCACUAUACCUUCGUUUGUCCUCCCUGGACAGCUGCAGACAGGACUCCCCCAGCCCUCCACCAUGCCCUCGUUUGUCCUCCCAGGACAGCUGCAGGGUUUAUUAUGUAAGCUAGCUCCACCUCAGAUUCCCGCCUUUCUGCCUGUCGGACUGCCCCCCAACACAGCUCCCAGUCCGCUGCAGUCCUCCUGUCCCCCCCUCGGCAGGAAAGCUCUGUUCACUGCCACGCACUUGCCAUCCAGUAGCUGGGACAGCACUCAGCGUCAUUUGGUGGCCAUGCGUCCGGCUGCCUUCUCACCUCCCCUUGCCUGCAUGGCAAGGUUACAGCAUCUGGUGCAGCUCUGCACCCAAAGACAUCAGGAGCACGGAGACCUCUUCCAUCAUCUAGGGUUGGACUGGUCUGAAGACAGUUCAGAGGAUGAUGAAGUGGAUGCAGAGAGAGUUCCACCCUAUCACAAUGCCUGGAGACUACAGGAAGGACACCUGCAGGAUGUCUCAGAUGAAGAUGCUGGCAGCUCGCGGAGAACGCGGCUGGCUCGGCUGUGCUCAUACCUCCAGGAGAAAUACAAGCACCUGUGCAGGCAGGAGAGGGCUACCAUGCGCCAGAAGAAAUACCACUAUGCCUUCCGCAAAGCCCUGCUGCACGCCGCCAGUAAAGACCCUGACUGUGCUGGCCAGUUGAUUCAGAAGUUGCACAAGGUCUCCCAGACCUCAAGUGCGCCAGGGCAGCAGGAGAUGGGAAUCUGCACUGGAAGCACCAAGGGCCAGGCAUGUAACAGCCGAGCUCUACCCUUCACCCGACACUGCUUCCAGCACAUUCUGUUGAAUCGCUCCCAGCAGCUCUUCUCCAGUUGCACAGCCAAAUUUGCAGAUGGGCAACAGUGCUCCAUUCCUGUGUUUGACAUCACGCAUCAGACACCGCUCUGUGAGGAGCAUGCCAAAAAGAUGGACAAUUUCCUGCGUGGAGACGGUAACCGAAGAGUGCAGCACCAGCAGCAGCAGCGAAAGCCGCGUAAGAAGACCAAACCGCCUGCACUCACCAAGAAACACAAGAAGAAGAGGAGGAGAGGGCCGUGGCGGCCACAGAAGCCCAUCCCGCCGGCGCUGCCCCAGGGGAACCUGGGAAUGCCUUCCUCCUCCAGCCUGACCAUGCCCACCCAGGCCAACAUCAGGAGUCCCUCGACGCCUGAACUGAGCACCGAUGAACUUCCCGAUGACAUCACCAAUGACAUGUCAGACAUUCCAAACGACCUCGAGCUGAACCAGGAGGAUUUCUCGGACGUGUUACCCAGGCUCCCCGAUGACCUUCAGGACUUUGACUUGUUUGAAGGUAAGAAUGGGGAGCUGCUUCCCACCACAGAGGAGGCAGAGGAGCUGGUGCGUGCACUACAGGCUGGGCUGAUGGGCUCCUACCCAGACUCCCUGGUGUGCCUGACCUCCAUGGCGGAGAUGGCGCAGGCAGAUGGCGUGGACCACCGGGCCAUGGCAGCAGUGUUCCCUGGGCCAGGGGUCCAGCCGGGGGGGAUGGGGGACCUGCUCAACGGCCGCAUCCCCGUAGAGAACUUCUCCAAUCUGGAGCUGGAGGACAACCUGCUGCACUCUGCUGGUGGCCACUUCUCCCCCUCUGUGUCUCCUCAGCAGCCCCCUGCCCAAGGCCAGACUCCUCCCUCGGGACCCAGCCUCACCUCCUCCACCCGCACAGUCCCCCGGACACACCCACCCCACAUCUUGGCCAAGCCGGAGGCGCCCACAUCGUCUCCGCAGGGCAGCCAUUACUGCAGCGAGCAUGUACCAUCCCCUUACAACGACCACAUGUCCUCUACCCAUGCCACCUCCUUUCAGACUGACUCUCCUCUCCUGCUGGAGGUACCAAGUACCCCACGCUCCUCCUGGAACAACCUCCCCCUGGCCCUCACUGACCCCACACAGUUCGGCAACCUCAUCAGACCAGAGGGCCACCUCGUAUCCACAUCUCUGUCCACUCCCCCCUCCUCCCACUCUGUGACCCUACAGCCCAUGGCUGCCCUCUCAGCGUUGCCCCAGAGCGGCUUGACGGGCUUGACUGCGCUCCCCGCCCCCUCGCCACCACACGACCUCUUGAUUUCCACCCUUCCCAAGCAGCAGCUCCCUCAGUUCAGUGCUGCCUUCGGCCACCAACUGGCCUCCCACAGUGGCAUCCCCAAGGACGUGCAGCCCAGUCACAGCUCCACGGCGCCCCCCACUGGCUUCUCCAUAGCUAGUGCCACCGCUGCAAGUGCCAACAGUGCAACGCCCCCCUUUCCACACAGUAACUAGAGCAAGCCGUGCACAGUACAGUGGCUGUAGGUCAAACCGUGGACUCUAGAAACGUAUUCACCCAGUGUCCAUUCAUUUCCCUUCUGCUUCAAGUGUGCAAUGUGGUAACGGACCUAACGCUUCACUGUUCUAUUGGAAUUUGCACAACCUCAGAUAUUCCUUAACCGUGUAAUGAUUUGGUGGUGAUAUAGCCAGUUGGCCACCUGAAAGGGUCCAGUGGUUUGAUGUAAACGCAGCUCCAGAGUUUCGCCAGCAGGGGGCAGAGUGUGUGUGUGUGUGUGUGUGUGUGUGGAGGGAGGUGGUUCAGUAGAAACAUCAAAUGUUAUUUGUCACAUGCUUGGUAAACAACAGGUGUAGACUAACAGUGAAAUGCUUACUUAAGAGUCCUUUUCCAACAAUGCGGAGUUCAAGAUACAAUAGAAAUAGUGACACGAGGAAUACAUGGAUUUUGAUGUGGGGGAACAUUGAAGGAUGGACUUUAGGAGAGAUUAUUUAUAUCAUAGUGAAAACAACAGUGCUAGAGAAUACGGAGACAAAGCGUCAAUCAAUGGUCAAUUAAAAAAAUAAAAUAAUAAUAUUGCCAGUUUAGUCGUGUCUGACAUCCAUCAACAACACUCCCCUGCGUAUUAUUUGGACAGUGAAGCUAAAACUUUUAAAUUGGCUCUAUACUCCAGCAUUUUGGAUUUGAGAUUAAAUUAGAAACAAAAGCACUAUGUAUCUAGACUCCGAUUUGAAUGUGUCAUAAGUAUUUGGAUUAAUUCACUUGUGUAUUAAAGUAGUCAAGUUUAGUAUUUGGUCCCAGUUUCCUAGCACACAUCAAGCUUGUGACUCUGCAAACUUGUUGGCUGCAUUUUAGUUUGUUUUGUUGAUGUUUCAGAUUAUGUUGUGCCCCCAUAGAAAUGAAAAGUAAAUCUUGUAUAGUCACUUAUAUAUAAAAAAAAUAUAUAUAUAAUGUUUCUAAACACUUCUACAAUAAUGUGGAUGCUACCAUGAUUAUGAAUAAUCAUGAAUGAGUUCAAGGCACAAAGUUUAUAAUCCCAAGACGUGAUAACCAUGUUGGAUGCAUUAGCAUUUUAUAUCAUACCCACAAGACAUGAUAACCAAUAACGGGAUGUUAGCAUUUUUUUGGUGUGCGUAUGAUAUUUAUGCCUCUAACUUUCUCACUCAUUAUUCAUGGUAUUUUACCUUUUUAUUUAACUAGGCAAGUCAGUUAAGAGCAAAUUCU